ACCCAGAUUCAAGUUGGUGGGGGCGGGGGGGGGGUGCUUUGAUGCAGGAAUAUCAAGAUCACGUUGCAGACAAACAUGUGUGAAGGACUAUAUUGUUGCAGCCAUCCUUGAAAAAUAUUAUCUGCCAUACGGUCUUUCUAAAAUGGGUUACAAGCAAAGAAACCACAGAAGAAUCAUCUUACAGAAACAGAGCAGUGGGAGAAGCCUUAAUCAACAAAUAAUCUGCCUACACAAAGAAUGAGCAAUUUACUCCUGGGAGGAUCUCUCCUCAGCCUGGGAGAUUGCCAAGGGCAUUAGGCUGAGUAGAGUUGGUGACAGAACUCAUAGUUGUAUCAGCUCCUCUGUGUGUGAUCUGAGUAGGAAAGUAUUUGACUACUGGGGACUCUAACUUCAUCUUUAAAACAAAGUGUUGUGAGAACCAAGUAAAAUAUUGUAUAGAAAGAUAAAUGUGUUGCAAAAAGGUUCCCCAAUAGAGCCCACAGGUGGACAACCCCCGUUUGACAAUGCGACUGGGGAAGACCAUGUGUACUGCCAGUUUAUCCUUGCCACCGUUUCCCCAUAGCAGCCACCUUCUUGUUUCUUUUGCUUGCCUCUCUCGGAGGUAGAUGCAUUGAGGGUAAAUGACCAGGACAGGGCCACAUAGCCAAGAAAGAGAUCAAAACCCAGAUUUUUCUGGGAUGCUAGUUUGAGAUUUUCCAUUCUACAGACGUCCAGCCACUCACAAGUUCUAAGAGAUGACUGAUCUUAGCUGAGAAGCAUGACAUAGAUACAAGGGAGUCACACUGUCUGGGUUCAUAUCCCAGCUGCACCACUUACUAGCAGUGUGACCUUGGGAAGGAUCGUUGUUUUUCCAGGUGUAAAACGGAAAUAAGACCUCCCACAAAGGGGUGAGAAAGUAACAUUUAGGGAUGUAAUGAAAUGUAAUGGUGGGAUCUCCGUGAAACGACAAAUUCAUUUUGGAGAAAGCUUUAUAAAAACGCAAACCACAAACCUCUGCCAUUUGUCAGCUUGAAGUCUACGGAACUGCAAGAAAAAUAAAGAUUGGUGGAACUUUGCUUCUGACUGACCCCUACAGUCCCAAAUAUUUUCUUGGCCUUUACAAAGCCCGCAGGCAUCGUCACCUGCAGUCCUGAAAAGCCUUUUCUCUAUACUCCAUACAGCCCAGACCAGCCCACGUGGAUUCCUCGCUUGGCUGCUUCCGCUUCCAUUCUGUCCCCUCUCCCAUUUCCCAUUCGGCGCCUCACAAUGACGUCUGAAACGAGCGCCGACGCUGCCCAAGCAGGAGCCCGCGCAUGCGCUCUGCCCUGGCAGCGGCCGAGUGCGGAGCCCGGUGUGUGUGGCCGCAGUGCGGCCGUGGUCCGUCCCGCUGCGGCCGGGUUUCUAGCGUGACACGCCCUUGACUUGAGGACCAUGAACCGCAGCCGCCAGGUGACGUGCGUGGCCUGGGUCCGCUGCGGCGUGGCCAAAGAGACACCAGACAAGGUAGAGCUGAGUAAAGAAGAAGUAAAACGCCUCAUUGCUGAGGCAAAGGAGAAAUUGCAAGAAGAAGGUGGUGGCAGUGAUGAAGAGGAGACAGGCAGUCCUUCAGAAGAUGGCAUGCAGAGUGCACGCACCCAGGCACGCCCAAGAGAGCCCCUGGAGGAUGGUGACCCAGAGGAUGACAGGACGAUUGAUGAUGAUGAGCUGGCUGAGUACGACUUAGAUAAAUAUGAUGAGGAAGGUGACCCAGAUGCUGAGACUCUUGGUGAAUCUCUCUUGGGUCUUACGGUCUACGGGAGUAAUGAUCAGGAUCCUUACGUUACUCUGAAAGAUACAGAACAAUAUGAACGUGAAGAUUUCUUGAUUAAGCCCAGUGAUAAUCUCAUAGUUUGUGGCCGAGCUGAACAGGAUCAGUGCAAUUUAGAGGUGCAUGUUUAUAAUCAAGAAGAAGACUCUUUUUAUGUACACCAUGAUAUACUCUUGUCUGCAUAUCCUCUGAGUGUGGAAUGGCUGAAUUUUGAUCCUAGCCCAGAUGAUUCUACUGGAAAUUACAUUGCUGUAGGAAACAUGACCCCUGUUAUUGAAAUGUGGGACCUUGAUAUAGUGGACUCUUUAGAGCCAGUCUUCACACUCGGAAGUAAACUUUCAAAAAAGAGGAAAAAGAAAGGAAAGAAGAGUUCCUCAGCAGAAGGGCAUACCGAUGCUGUCCUUGACCUUUCAUGGAAUAAGCUAAUCAGAAAUGUUUUAGCAAGUGCAUCAGCUGACAACACUGUAAUUCUGUGGGAUAUGUCCUUGGGGAAACCAGCAGCUAGCCUCGCUGUACACACAGACAAGGUCCAAACGCUGCAGUUUCAUCCAUUUGAAGCACAGACUCUGAUUUCUGGCUCGUAUGAUAAGUCAGUGGCUUUGUAUGACUGCCGAAGUCCAGAUGAAAGCCAUCGAAUGUGGCGAUUCAGUGGGCAGAUAGAGAGAGUGACUUGGAAUCACUUUUCACCUUGUCAUUUUUUGGCCAGUACAGAUGACGGCUUUGUAUAUAAUUUGGAUGCACGUUCAGAUAAGCCAAUUUUUACACUUAAUGCACACAAUGAUGAAAUCUCUGGUCUUGAUCUUAGCAGUCAAAUCAAGGGCUGUCUCGUGACUGCUUCAGCCGACAAAUACGUGAAGAUCUGGGACAUCUUAGGAGAUAGGCCAAGUCUAGUUCAUUCUAGGGACAUGAAAAUGGGAGUUCUCUUCUGUUCUUCAUGUUGCCCUGAUUUGCCAUUUAUUUAUGCCUUUGGAGGUCAAAAAGAAGGGCUUCGGGUCUGGGAUAUAAGCACAGUCUCUUCAGUAAAUGAAGCAUUUGGAAGACGAGAGAGGCUUGUUCUCGGGAGUGCAAGAAAUUCAUCUAUUAGUGGCCCUUUUGGCAGCAGGAGCUCAGAUACACCCAUGGAGUCUUAAUGAAGAUCAUCUAAUUUCCUGCUUACCUUAACUGGGAAUUUUAAAAAGUUGGCCUAAAAAUGUUCCAUGCGUGGCAGCAACCAUACAGAGUGACUGAAACACAAUUCAUUUCUGACUGCCUGACAUUCCUUUCUGCAACUGCGGUGGCACCACAAACAGCCAGUCUUUGUGCUUGCUCUUCAGAUGGAUUGUUUGUAAGGCUUUUGUUGCAUUUCUUAAAAAAGAGUAAUAAAAAGGAUUUUUAAAAAGUAA